CUGGGGCUGGAGUAGCGGCUAGGGGGAUUCGACGAGUGUUAUACUUCAUUGAAAAAGAAAAAAAUUGCAGGUCUCGCACGGGCUGUACAAAAAGAGCCAGGAGUGAAAACGCGGUGUGUCUGUUUAUCAGCGCGGCCCUGUGAAUACAUCUCACCGGAUCCGACACAUGCUGACAGCCUGAACCAUUUCACCUGCUUUCCACAAACAACGAUACUUUCAAAACCACAAUAAACACCGCAUCCCCGGGAAUGUCGACAGUGCAAAUAUGUAGCAACGUUUUAACAGAUAACACGAAUAAACUCAAAUAAAAAGGGGGCGGAGUCUCGCUUUCAUCUUCGCAACUUUGUCAACACCAGCCAGUAAGUCUGUUGUUUUUGCUUGAGUUGAUCUUUAUCAUUGGCUCUCAAUAACCAACAGAUCCCUCCUCCCCAGAAGCUGCACGCAGGUAUGUUAGCGGAGCGGGGGCAUUGUCAGGAUAUAUGAUCUCUGCGGGGGGGGGGGGGACACGUGGUGCUGGAGGACGGAUCACGAGUGGGGAACAGGGAAGCGAAACAGAUGCAUUGUGUGCGUAUCUGCUCGUGUCUGUGUGACAAAGAGCCGCUCGGUGCGGCAAUGCACUUUUACACGGACACGGGAGUCGCCCGGAACGCAUGCGUAAUGCGGGAUAGAGACACAUAAAACAAAAAGAUUGAGACCAAAAAAAAAAAAAAUUACAAGCACACGAACAUCACAACCAAACCCCAGAUAAGCAAUUUUAAAAGAAGUCACCCCCGCAUGCCUUGAGCAAUGCGAGUCGGAAGCGGGUAGUGUUUGUGUCACAAGGGCGAUCACACAGCUUCCUUACUGUCCCAGUAAUGUCAGACAUGAACACAUUGCUGACUAACACAGUGCGACCUGCAAGGUUACAGGAGGGACGAUUCAUAAACAAGAACACAUACGCUGAACUCGCACUGAGAGAGACCGGGGUGCAACAAAACGCAGGAAGCGCAGGAGACAGCGAGACUGACAGUGACGAGAGGGGAGGAGAGCUGACAAGCCACAACAAACAGCCGACAGGCGAGACGCCGGCGCUUUUAUUUUUGAAAAUUAACCGUCUGUAAAGUAAUCCAUCAAGACAUACCUUGAACAAAGCGCACCUUUCAUCCGCCGGAGAGACACGACGACCUGGACCGGUAUACCAGAAAGCAGGGGUGAGAAUGGGGUCCGAGCCAGCGCUGGAGGAGGAGGAUCUGAGCCCCGCGGAGGACCCCGAUGCCGACCCCCUGGGGGGGAGGGUCCCGGCUGGGAGGGGGGCUGUGCUGACCCGGAGAGGGAUCACCCUGAGAGUGCUGCUGAAGGACGGGCUGAUCGAGCCAGGGGACUCAGUGCUGUCCAUCCACUACCUGGGUAAGAGGUUUGUGGGAGACCUGCUGUGCGAUGGUAAGAUCCGCUGGGUGGAGACGGGCCAGCUCUUCAACUCCCCGAGCGCCUGGGCCACGCACUGCAAGAAGCUCAUCAACCCGGCCAAGAAGUCCGGCUGCGGCUGGGCCUCUGUCAAGUACCGCGGGCAGAAGCUGGUGCAGUACAAGACCAGCUGGCUGCACAAGUACCAGCCUGCAGCCGAGACGGGCCUGGUGAGCGAGGGAGAGGAGGAGGAGCUGGGAGAGGAGGAGGAGGAGGAGGAAGAGGGGAGCAGGAAGACUGGGAGCAAGAGCCAGCUGGAGCCAGGUAAGAGAGAGAGCAGCCCUCCGGAGAAGAGAGGAGAGAGGACUGAGUGUGUGCCAGUGAGGUACCAUACACUAGGGAGCAGAGACUCGGGCAGGGACCCGCACACCCUGGUGGAGCUCACUGCUUUCUCCGCGAUCAACAGGUUCCAGCCCUUCAACGUGGCCAUGUCCAGCAACGUGCUGCUGCUGCUGGAUUUCCACUGUCACCUGACACGCAGCGAGGUUGUGGGGUACCUGGGGGGUCGCUGGGACACCAACACACAGCUUCUCACCGUGCUCCGUGCGUUCCCGUGUCGCUCGCGGCUCGCUGACAGAGACUCCGCCCCUGCUGUGGAGGAGGAGAUCUGUCAGAACCUGUUCAUGCGCGGCCUCUCAUUGGUGGGCUGGUACCACAGCCACCCCUUCAGCCCCCCCCACCCCUCCCUGCAGGACAUCGACUCCCAGAUGGACUACCAGCUCAAACUGCAGGGCUCCAGCAACGGCUUCCAGCCCUGCCUGGGGCUGCUGUGCGGACCCUACUCGCUGGGGAACCAGGGCCUGCAGUCCAAGAUCACCCCCUUCUGCGUGGUGCCGCCCCCGGAGCAACGCCCCAAUGACUAUGGUAUCCCGGUGGAGGUGGAGAUGCUGCUGGUGGAGUUCUACAAGUGGGCCCCUGACCUGGUGUGCUUCACAGAGCCGUGGAAUCAGGAGAUCACGUUCCUGGACAAGCUCAAGGGCUCCCUGAAUGGCCACGCCCCGAAGGACCAGGCCUACAGCCAGAUCCUGGAGUACGUGUACAACCAGCUGCUGACUGGCCAGGGCUAGAGAGGGCAGCAGACUGACCCGAGGACUGGACAGGACCCCCCCAACACCCACGGAGUGUGAGAGCUGUGCCCUGCCUCCACACAGCCACGGCAAACCCCUCUCAACCAGGGGAAGAGAAAGAGUCUGAACAUGAAUUAAAAGAUUGAAUGUGAAAUCCA